GCGCAUGCGCUCUCGCCGACGCCACGGACUCCCUUCCGGUGUGUCCGACCCACUUCCGGCGCGCGGGCGGCGAGUGGCAACAUGACCCGGCACGGGAAGAACUGCACGGCCGGGGCCGUCUACACCUACUAUGAGAAGAAGAAGGACACAGCUGUCUCGGGCUACGGCACCCAGUCUCUGCGGCUCAGCAAGGAUGCCAUCAAGGACUUUGAUUGCUGCUGUUUGUCCCUGCAACCCUGCAAAGAUCCCAUCAUCACACCGGAUGGUUAUAUAUAUGAAAAAGAAGCAAUUCUUGAGUACAUCUUGCACCAGAAAACCGAAAUUGCGAAAAAAAUGAAGGCUUAUGAGAAGCAGAAGAACGUCAAGAAAGUGGAGCUGGCAGAGCUGGCAAAGGCAGAGAAGGAAAGCAAGGUCAAGGCGUUUCUGGAGAAGGAGAUGACCAUCGUGAGCAAGCCGCUGAAUCCAUUCUGCUCCAGAGGGGGUGAAAGCCAGGCUGGACCCUCGAGUCGAGCGAGCCAGCAGGAACACGACAAGCAGUUGCCCAGCUUCUGGAUCCCGUCACUCACCCCAGAGGCUAAAGCAUCCACCCUCAGCAAACCGGACAAGACGGUUUACUGCCCCAUGAGUGGGAGGCCGCUGAAGAUGAAGGAUCUGAUCCCGGUGAAGUUUCUGCCGGUGGAUGAGAAACUGGAGCGUGUGCAGCUGAUCACCAAGCAGGAGCGAUACAUCUGUGCCGUGACGCGUGACGCGCUGGGCAACUCCGUGCCCUGUGCCGUACUGCGGCCAUCGGGAGCUGUGGUCACCAUGGAGUGCGUGGAGAAACUGAUUAAACACGACAUGGUCGAUCCCAUCAAUGGGGCCAAACUGGCAGAGAAGGACAUCAUCGCCAUCCAGAGGGGUGGGACUGGAUUUGCGGGAUCUGGCGUCAAGUUGGAAGCAAAGGAGUCGCGGCCAGUGAUGCAGGCGUAGUCUGCAGGUGGAGUCAAAUACCCACUGUACCAGCAGGAACCCAGCAACAGGUUAAAACAAACCCGCACUCCCUUGUUUAUCGUCUACUGCCACUGAAAUGCUCCUUUAAUCAUUCAUCCACAAGUAAAUGUCUUUAUUAUUACUGUUUUUAUUGCAAUAAAGGGUUGGUACAUAUAA